AUGCACGCCGGCACCGGUUCGCAGGCUCCGCAGACGCCGUUCACGUUUCCAUACGCCUACGGAUACCUCGGGGCUACGGCACGCAGGAUUCAGCCGCUAUGUGGUAACGCUGAAGGAUGGGGCCCACUGAGCCCGGUCAGAUACGACUUCACGCCCUGCUUCCUUGAUGUCUGGAUAUCGGCUGUGGCAGUCGGAGGGAUUGUCUGCGGGGCGGGGGCCGUGUGGUAUUUGCUCGGGAAAGGCAGCCCGGAGCCGGUGAAGAAGAAUUGGCAUUUCUAUGCUAAGCUUGCUGUCGUCGCGGGCCUCAUCAUCACCUUCGCGCUGCAGGCAGCACUCCAAGUCGAAUACUACAAAGAUGUGUGGGCUGGAGACUUCAGGUUCUGGACGAACAUCAUCACUAUACUCUCGCUGUGUGUAAUAGGUUACAUCCAAUACAUCGAGCACUGGAGAUCACGAAAUCCAAAUGGCGUGGUCCUGUUCUACUGGCUGUUCCUUCUCAUCGCCUUUGCCGUCAAGCUCCGCUCGCUCAUAGCCCAGGGUAUCCACCGGCAACACCUUGCAUACUUCGUGGUCUUCUGUGUCAGUGUCGGCUUGGCUGCGGUCGAGCUGGCUCUAGAAUGGCUCGUGCCAAAGCGGGUGGGUGCGUACGAUGCGCUUGGAGACGAAUACGAGUGUCCCUACGAGUAUGCGAACAUCUUUUCGGUAUUGACAUUCAGCUGGAUGACGCCAUUGAUGAAAUACGGGUACAAGCACUUCUUGACCCAAGAAGAUUUAUGGAACCUGCGGAAACGGGACGCUACCAGGACGACAGCGGAGAUAUUCGAAAAGACUUGGAAAAGUCAGCUCAAGAAGAAGAACCCGUCAUUGUGGCUUGCCCUGUUUCGCGGAUUUGGAGGGCCAUAUUUCCGAGGCGCAUUGAUCAAGACUGUUAGUGACACGCUGUCAUUCGUGCAGCCGCAGCUGUUGAGGCUUCUCAUAACUUUUGUGGACUCGUACCGAGGGGAUAAUCCUCAGCCUGUUGUACGCGGAGCAGCGAUUGCACUGGCAAUGUUUGCCGUAUCGGUGUCGCAGACGGCAUGUCUACACCAAUAUUUCCAGAGAGCCUUUGAAACGGGCAUGCGCAUCAAAUCAGCAUUGACAGCAGCGAUAUACUCCAAGGCUAUGCGUUUGUCGAACGAAGGCCGUGCUGCCAAGUCAACGGGCGACAUCGUCAAUUACAUGGCCGUGGAUACUCAACGUCUUCAAGACCUGGCUCAAUAUGGACAGCAGCUGUGGUCUGCGCCCUUUCAAAUUGUGCUGUGCAUGCUCUCGCUCUACCAGCUCGUAGGCCUCAGCAUGCUCGCGGGUGUUGGCGCUAUGCUAAUCAUGAUUCCGAUCAACGGCCUCAUUGCGAGGAUCAUGAAGACACUUCAGAAGCGGCAGAUGAAGAACAAAGACGCAAGAACUAGACUAAUGACGGAGAUCCUGAACAACAUGAAGUCUAUCAAGCUUUAUGCUUGGACGACAGCGUUUAUCAACAAACUCAACUACAUCCGUAACGAACAAGAGCUUAAGACUCUGCGUAAGAUUGGCGCUUCCCAAGCAUUCGCAAACUUUACGUGGUCCACUACCCCUUUCCUAGUGUCCUGUUCGACCUUUGCGGUCUUCGUCAUGACCCAGGACAGACCACUCACCACGGACAUUGUGUUUCCAGCCUUGACCCUAUUCAAUUUGCUGACCUUUCCGCUCUCUGUUCUUCCAAUGGUCAUCACAGCCAUCAUCGAGGCCAGUGUCGCGGUGGGCCGGCUGACGAGUUACCUCACGGCUGAGGAGCUGCAAGAAGAUGCGGUCAUUCGAGAACCAACGGUCCAGGAGAACGGCGAGGAAUCUGUGCGCAUCCGCGACGCGACGUUUACCUGGAAUAAGGAAGAGCCUCGCAAUGCCCUUGAGGACAUCAACUUCUCCGCGCACAAGGGCGAACUCUCUUGCGUUGUUGGCCGUGUCGGCGCUGGAAAGUCCUCCUUCUUGCAGUCAAUGCUUGGUGAUCUUUGGAAGAUUAAGGGCGAAGUUAUCUUACGGGGAACAUCAGCAUACGUUGCCCAGUCACCAUGGGUCAUGAAUGCUUCAGUCAAAGAGAACAUCGUAUUCGGAUAUAGAUGGGACCCGCACUUCUACGAUCGAACUGUGAAAGCUUGCGCUCUCCUUGAGGAUUUCGCAUCGCUGCCGGAUGGCGAUCAGACAGAAGUCGGCGAGCGAGGAAUAUCAUUGUCGGGUGGUCAGAAAGCUCGUUUGACACUAGCAAGAGCUGUUUACGCUCGAGCCGACAUUUACCUGCUCGACGAUGUUCUGUCCGCCGUAGAUCAGCAUGUUGGAAGGCACAUAAUCGACAACGUUCUCGGGUCCAAAGGUCUGCUGGCUGGCAAGACUAGGAUUCUUGCGACGAAUUCAAUUCCGGUACUGAUGGAAGCAAGUUUCAUCGCGCUGCUGCGGGACGGCAAGAUUCUUGAGAAGGGCACGUACGAGCAGCUGAUGGCAAUGAAAGGAGAGAUUUCUAGUCUCAUUCGGACCGCACAAAACGAAGAGAGUCAAAGUGAAGAUGAAAGCAGGGAGUCGGAGAGCGCUGGCAGCGACGAGACUGUCUAUGGCGAAGGUCUUAACUCCGACGAAGAUGAGCUCGCGAUCGAGGAGCACCAGGAAGGUCUCUCAGAGCUGGCUCCCAUCAAGCCAGGCGGCGGAGCGGCUCGCAAGUCGAGCUCGUUGUCUCUCCGCCGCGCGAGCACUGCCAGCUUCCGUGGUCCUCGUGGCAAGCUUACAGAUGAAGAGGGCGCCGGUCUCAAGACUAAGCAAACCAAGGAGUUCUCGGAGCAAGGCAAAGUCAAGUGGAGCGUCUACGGCGAAUACGCAAAAACAAGUAACCUCGUCGCUGUUGCAAUCUAUUUGCUCACGCUCAUCGGCGCUCAAACAGCGCAGAUCGGGGGCAGCGUGUGGCUAAAACAAUGGGCCGAAAGAAACGGCGAGGAAGGAGGUAAUCCACAGGUGGGCAAAUACAUCGGUAUUUACUUUGCCUUUGGCAUCGGAUCGGCCGCGCUCGUCGUUGUCCAAACAUUGAUUCUUUGGAUUUUCUGCUCGAUCGAGGCCUCCCGCAAGCUGCAUGAGCGUAUGGCGUUCGCCAUCUUUAGAUCGCCAAUGAGUUUCUUUGAAACGACACCGGCAGGCCGUAUCCUUAACCGAUUCUCCAGUGAUAUUUACCGUGUAGAUGAGGUUUUGGCGCGGACUUUCAACAUGUUGUUCGUCAACACGGCAAGAGCUGCUUUCACCCUCGUCGUCAUCUCAGCAUCUACGCCAGUCUUCGCCGCGCUGAUCUUACCACUGGGAGCGCUCUAUCUUUACAUUCAGAGAUACUACCUGCGCACGUCACGGGAGCUUAAGCGUCUUGACAGCAUUAGCCGAAGCCCCAUCUACGCCCAUUUCCAGGAAUCCCUUAGCGGCAUCAGCACCAUCCGCGCCUAUCGACAGCAGAAACGGUUCUCGCUGGAGAACGAGUGGCGCGUCGAUGCGAACCUGAGAGCCUACUUCCCCUCUAUCAAUGCGAAUAGAUGGCUUGCAGUUCGGCUGGAGUUCAUAGGAUCAGUCAUUAUUCUGGCAGCGGCAAACUUCGCCAUCAUCUCCGUCUCCACGGGGAGCGGCUUGUCAGCUGGCCUGGUAGGUCUUGCUAUGUCUUAUGCCUUGCAGAUCACCCAGUCCCUUAAUUGGAUAGUCCGCCAGACCGUGGAGGUCGAGACAAAUAUCGUCUCGGUUGAGAGAGUGCUGGAGUACGCUAGAUUGCCCAGCGAGGCGCCUGAAGUCAUUUCGAAGAACCGACCCCCAAUCAGCUGGCCGUCAAAGGGAGCAGUCUCGUUCGUUAACUACAGUACGAGAUAUCGGCCUGGGCUUGACCUGGUGCUAAAGGGUGUCAACCUUGAUAUUAAGGCGCAUGAGAAGAUUGGUGUAGUUGGCCGCACCGGCGCUGGAAAGAGCUCACUUACACUAGCACUCUUCCGUAUCAUAGAGCCUGCUGAAGGUAACGUUAGCAUCGAUAAUUUGAACACCAGUACAAUUGGUCUGCUGGACCUUCGGCGGAGGUUGGCCAUCAUACCUCAGGAUGCGGCUCUGUUUGAGGGCACAGUCCGAGACAACUUGGACCCUGGACAUGUUCACGAUGACACAGAGCUAUGGAGUGUUCUGGAGCAUGCCCGACUGAAGGAGCACGUCUCAAGCAUGCCAGGAAGACUAGAAGCGCGAAUCCACGAAGGGGGCAAUGUUGACUGUGUUGCAGGGUCAAACCUUUCCCAGGGCCAGAGACAGCUAGUUUCGUUAGCACGUGCCUUGCUCGCUCCAAGCAACAUCCUGGUGCUCGAUGAAGCAACGGCUGCCGUUGACGUUGAAACCGAUGCUCUGCUGCAGGCUACUUUGAGAAGCAGCAUCUUCAAGGACCGGACGAUAAUCACGAUUGCGCAUCGUAUUAACACGAUCCUUGACUCCGACCGCAUUGUCGUUCUAGACCAUGGUACGGUCGCAGAGUUCGACACGCCGGCGGCGCUGGUGCGGAAAAGAGGGCUGUUCUACGAUCUGGUCAAGGAAGCCAAUCUGUUGGGCGCUUUGGACGCGGUUUCACAGCAGGAGGGUCGCGGUGGCUUGGGGGCUUGA